CAGAGCGGAAGUAGCAACGGCGCGAGGAGUCCAGCCACAACACUCCACUACAGAUACACUCCGCAGGAUUUUUACUGGAAAUUUCUUAUAUUUCAUAAUUUGACGGUUUUUAUCUGGACACAGAGAAGACGUUGGGGACAUCUACAGGAGAAACAGCAAUCCGGGGCGAAAUGGCGGGUUGUAAUGGUCAAAGCCGAGGAGGAGGCUUUGAGCGUCUGACCGCAGAGGAGAUGGACCAGCGCAGGAUAGAGGGCGUGGCUUAUCAGUACCUGUGUCACCUGGAGGAGGCCAAGCGGUGGAUGGAGGCGUGUCUGGGAGAGGAGCUACCCCCUCCCACAGAGCUGGAGGAGUCCCUGAGGAACGGGGUGCUGCUAGCCAAACUGGGACACCGCUUCUCCCCUGAAACCGUACCUCUAAAGAAGUAUGAUGCCGACCAGGGAAGAUACAAGGCGAUGGGGCUGCAGUUUCGUCACACUGACAACAUAAACCAUUGGAGGGCAGCCAUGACAGCACUAGGCCUCCCUUCGAUCUUUCAUCCAGAAACAACUGAUGUGUAUGACAAGAAGAACAUGCCCCGCGUGGUCUACUGCCUCCAUGCUCUGAGUUUCUACUUGUACAGGCUGGGACUGGCACCUCAGAUCCAUGACCUGUACGGGAAAGUGGACUUCACAGAGGAGGAACUCAACAAUGUGAAGUUGGAACUGGACAAAUACGGGAUCCAGAUGCCAGCAUUCAAUAAGAUAGGUGGAAUUCUGGCCAAUGAGCUGUCUGUGGACCAGGCUGCAGUGCACGCGGCAGUUAUAGCCAUAAAUGAGGCAGUGGACAGGGGCCAAGUGGAGGUGACGGCUAAGGCUCUGAGGAAUCCUAAUGCUAUGAUUGAGUACCUGAAUGAAGUGCUGUUCAGUGUGUACCAGGAGCUCCUGCAGCAAAGCAAGAGGCAGAAGGCUCUCAAUGCAAAGAACCGGGGCGGAGCUGAGGAGAAGGACAUCUAUGAGGAGUAUCUGACUCAAAAAGAAAUCCAACACAACAUCAACAUGGUGAACUUGCACUGGGCUGUGGAGCAGGUGGACCAGGCCUUGGACUCCUCUGACGAGCUGGCUCUCCUCUCAGCUCUCACUGUGCCCUGUUUGUCCCUGCGAGGCCUCCGUCCAGAGCUGGCCCUGUGCUACAUGGAGCAGCUCAUCACAGACCGACAGCAAAAAGCUCUGGAGCAGGGCUGUGUGGACCCCUUGGAUCCUGAGGAGCUACAGGAGGCCAUCUCUACAGCCAAUAGAGACGCUCAGAAGAAAAUCAGCAUUGAGGGGGCCUUGUUGAAGCUGAACCAGUGUCUGCAGGGCUCUGACCCCAGACUCACCCUGAGCUCCCUGAUGAGCCCAGUGUUGGACCUGCCCCCUGUGCUCCCCUCUGCUACCCGGCUCUACCACUCUGAGCUCCAGCAGAUCCAGAGGCAAAGCCUGCAGGGCACACUGCAGCAGGAGGAGCUGUUUGUCGCUGUGGAGAUGCUGACCUCUGUUGCAGUCAUUAAUGAGGCACUGGAUGCGGGGCUUAUGCAAAAGUUCAGCUCCUCAUUGGUCAGUUCUUCAGCAGCUCUCAGUGAUGUAGAGCCCGAGCUGCUUCACAGAUAUUUUGACGCUCUGACGCUUCUAAAAAAACAGUCCAACGGGACCAUGCUUAAUUGGAAUCAGCUCCAGAAUGAGAUCAACUCUGUCAACAGUGAGGUCCAGGAGCAGCACCAGCAGCUGCUGUGCGUGUCCCUCAUAAACGACGCAGUGAUGCAGGGGGACGUCCACAGACUGCUGUCCGCCCUGAAACAGCCCUCUCUGAGUGUCAGUGCCGUGGUCCCCAGCAACGCCUGCCGCUACCUGGUCCUUCUGAGGAGGGCCCAGCAGCAGCGUGCACAGGUGACUCGUGAUCCAGAGGCAGCGCUGUGGCUGACUGACAUCCAGGAGACUGUGAUAAGAGCCAAUCACGAUACUCAGAAAGCACUGAAGAUGUGCUUGGCACUGGCAGCAGUAAACCAGGCGGUGCGAGAGCAGCGAUCCGCUCAGACCUUCAGAGUGCUGUCUCUGCCUGAGCUCACCCUCAACAGUCUGGUGCCUCACUGUGCAGCCCAGUACCAGGAGCAGCUGUCCACAGUGCUGAAGGAGAGGGCUCGCACAGCAGUUAACUCCAGUCCAUGGAUCCAGACAGUGCUGGACGAUGGCUCUGGUUUUUACUUCCACCUGAACAAACUGGAGGGCAGCUGGGACAAACCACACGACUUCAGGCCCAACUCCCACUUCCUGAGCCGCAGUGACAUCCAGUCUGUUAUAAGCAGUGCCUCGGCUCAGCAUAGCCGCAGCCUGCAGUGGAGGAGCAGUGAGGGGCUGGUGGUGCGUCUGCAGGCCGCGGCCAGAGGCUUCCUCCUGAGGACACAGCUACAUGACAGACGGGCAUACUUUAUGAACAACAUCUCUUCUGUGGUCACUAUACAGUCCAACUGGAGGAGGUUCUUGGCUCGGAGAGCAUAUCGCCAGCGGCUGCAGUACCUUUAUAUGAACUGGAGAGCUGUUGUGAAGAUCCAGUCCAUGGUCCGGAUGUGGCUGGUGAGGAGGAGAUACAGGGAGAGACUGCGUUUCUUCAGACGAAAUGUGAAAGCCGUGUUGAAGAUCCAGGCCUUCUUCAGAGCCAACAAGGCCCGAGAGGAAUACAGACUGCUGGUGCACUCGGCCACGCCCCCUCUGCGUGUCAUCAGGAAGUUUGCUCACUUGCUGGAGCUGUCCAGUGCUGACAUCACCGAGGAGGCAGAGCUUCUGCAAGUCAGACAGGAGGUAGUGAGGACCAUCCGCUUCAAUAAACAGCUGGAGGCUGACCUGGAGCUCAUGGACCUGAAGAUUGGGCUCCUGGUCCGCAACCAGGCCACUGUCCAGGAGGUGGCCUCUCACUAUAAAAAGCUGACCAAGAAGAACAAGGCGCUGCUCUCGGGCAUGAUGGACCUGGAGAAGAGCAAAGGUCUGAAGGCUCUGAGCCGUGAGCGGCGCGAGAGACUAGACGCCUACCAGCACCUCUUCUAUCUACUGCAGACACAGCCCCGGUACUUGGCCCAGCUGGUGUUCCUCAUGCCUCAGAGCAAGUCCACAGCUUUCAUGGAGAUGUUGGUGUUCAGCCUGUUUAACUAUGGCUCAGACCGACGAGAGGCCUUCCUGCUGCUGCAGCUCUUCACACAGGCACUCCGAUAUGAGAUCAGGCUGAAGGUGGACCAUCCACAGCAUGUGGUGACAGGAAACCCCACGGUCAUAAAGAUGUUGGUGAACUUCUACCGUCACGCUCGAGGACACAAUGCUCUGAGAGAGACUCUAGGCCCAGCCCUGAAAGAAUUGCUCCUGGAGCAGAACCUCAGCAUCAGAACCGACCCUCUGGAGGUCUACAAGGCCUGGGUGAACCAGACCGAGACACAGACUGGAAACAAGAGUGCUCUUCCAUAUGACGUGAGUCCAGAGGAGGCGCUGUCUCACCCUGAGGUGCAGAGGAGAAUCGAUGUGGCCAUGGUCAAUCUGAAGAACCUGACUGACCGAGUGCUCAAAGCCAUCACCUCCAACCUGCACAUCCUGCCUUACGGCCUGCGCUACACAGCCAAAGUCCUGCGAGAUGCUCUGAGGGACAAGUUUCCUGCGGCCUCUGAGGAUGACCUCUACAAGCUGGUGGGGAAUCUGGUGUACUAUCGCUACAUGAACCCAGCUGUGGUGGCCCCGGAUGGCUUUGAUGUUCUAGACCGCUCUGUAGGCUCCACUAUCUCUUCUGAACAGCGCCACCUGCUGGCUGCUAUUGCUCGCAUGCUCCAGCAUGCUGCUGCAAACAAGUGUUUCCAUGGAGAUGGGUACCAUGUCCGCAUGCUCAACCAGUACAUCACCAACACGCACCAGAAAUUCAGGAGGUUCCUGGCAGCUGUGUGUGAUGUGCCAGAGCCAGAGGACAGGUUCAGUGUGGAUGAAUAUUCUGAGCUGCUGAAUGUGAAUAAACCAGUGAUCUACAUCUCCCUGAGCGAGCUCAUCAACACUCACCAGCUACUGGUGGAGCAGCAGUCUGUCCUGUGUCCUGACCCAGCCGACCCUCUCCGAGCUCUGCUGCGAGACCUGGGCUCCGUGCCCACCUUACAGGAGCUCAGUGGAACUGCAGAGGAGUGUUCUUCUGACGGAGACCAGACUCAUGUGGGGAAGACAGAGGUGUCUCUCACUCUGACCAACAGGUUUGACAUCUUCAAUGAGGAGUACGAGCAGUCGGACACCAGAGGGCUGCUGCUCAGCACAAAGCAGAUGAUCAUCGAUGUGAUCCGCACUCAGCCUGGAGACUCUUUGGCCCAGAUCCUCCGCUUGUCUGCGUCCCAGGAGCAGACUGAGCACCACAGCUGGUUGGUGCAGAGCCGUGCGCGGCAGGAUGCGCGCACCCCCGACAAACUCAAGAGGAAUGAGUCUCUGAUGGCCAACAGCAACCUGAGCCUGGAGCACAAGAAGAGGAAGAUCCUCCGCAACCUGCGCCUGCUGGAGACACAGGGAGUGCUCCGGGCUUCCACUGCAGAGGGCGCUAUACUCACUAUGAUCGCCAAGGACAUUCGGCAGCAGAGGCUCCACAGACAGAGGAGAGGAGCAGAGCUCAUGAAGCUCAGACACACCCUGAGCAGCCUGCAGGCCAAGAGCAGCUUCCACAGCGAGCAGAUGGAUUUCUACAGACACUACAUCACUUCCUGUCUGGACAAACUGACUGCUCCCAAAGCCCCAGACAGCAAGAGCAAGAAGAAGGGCCUGAGCUACAGCGCCACCAGGCUGCAGCAGAAGGGAGUGCUGCUGGAGAUAGAAGACCUGCCCCAGACACAGUUUAAGAAUGUGCUGUUUGAGAUCGUCCCUGGGACAGAGAAGGGCACCUUCAGUGUCAAAGCUCGAUUCCUGGGAGUUCAGAUGGAGGAGUUCACCGUCACGUACCAAGAGCUGCUCCAGCUGCAGUACGAUGGAGUGGCUGUGAUGAAGAUGUUCGACAAAGCCAAAGUCAACGUCAACCUCCUCAUCUUCCUCCUCAAUAAGAAGUUUUACAACAAAUAACCCUCCCCCUGUGCACUGCACUUUAUCAUCUUCAGCUUUAUGUACACACUUUCACUACUUUAGUCAUACUUUAUAUUAGGCACUCACCGUGCCGUCGUCAUGGUCAAAUAUUCUACAUGUGAAUGUUUUUAAAUGUCUUUUACUUUUAUCUGUGUGUCCACUGAGGGCGUGAAAGGGCUUGAAGGAGCACAAUUGAACUUUUCUGAUAAAAGUUUGUCUGAUUUGGAUCUUACCAAUUUUGACACUGUUUUUCACACUGAGCAUGUCCAUACUUUGAGCAGUUAUUAGUAAAACAGUGUACAUUCACAAAUCUCAAAUUAGAUUUGUCCAAAAUAUGGUUACUAUUGCAACUUCUGUGCUUGCACCAAAGUCCAUGAAAAUAACCAGCUGAUUUAAGUCUGACUGCAUAAUUAAAACUUUUAUGUUUCUGGUGAAAUAUGAUCCUUUGUUUCUAGUUCUAAGAGUAAACGUGUGUCUACAGCUGGCUGACCAUAGAAUACACUUUUCAAAGAGUUAAAUUACAAAGGAACCAAAUCAAACCACAGUUGUCACCAUGGAGAUGUUUUUGCUUUGUCUGGAAUGUUUCACAGUGGAAAACAAGUUACAGGUCAAGUCUGUGGAGAGGUGGCCCCAUUUACUCGAAGUAUUUUUCGUGCCAAUAAUACUAACUGAAUAAAUGUGAGAUGGAUGUGUUUAAUGUCAAAUUCCAGACAAUAUUAUACAUCUCCUUGGCUGAUGGCAUAGACCUGGUCUGUCUGAAAAGUUCCAUAGUACCCCUUUAAAUGACCAAAAUAGCCAAAAGAUGGAUGGCAGAAUUGAAUGAACUAGACACUAUGCAGUAAACUUGUAAUGUUGUGUGUGUUUUUCUGUGUGCUGUUGUGUUGCAUCUCUCAUCUUCAUCAUCAUGUACUAAAAUGUCCGAUGACCUAAAACGCUCCAGUCUGUCAGCGGGACUCCUGCCAUGUCCUGUAUCUAUUCACCAAAUAUCAAUAAAGACUGUUGUCUGCAGUGUCAACAUUG